AUGGGUCUUCUAUACCUUCUCUCUCAUAUUGACCGAGGAAACAUCGGCAAUGCGAAGAUUGAGGGGAUGGAUGUCGAUCUGGGGCUAACAGGCAAUCAAUACAAUAUCGCGAGCACCAUCUUCUUCGUUCCUUACAUCAUCUUUGAAAUUCCUUCAAACAUCAUUCUGAAGAAGGUCCGUCCCAGCAUGUGGCUAUCCGCCCUCGUUAUUUCAUGGGGAACUGUGAUGACUCUCAUGGGAGUCGUGACAGAUUUUCAAGGGAUGGUAGUAUGCCGGGUCUGUCUUGGUCUUUGCGAGGCAGGUUUCUUCCCUGGCGCUGUAUACAUUGUGAGCACGUGGUAUCCCCGACACGAGCUGCAACAGCGCCUCGCCAUCUUCUAUACUGCAUCCGCAUUUUCGGGUGCAUUGAGCGGACUUCUCGCCUUUGCAAUAGCCAGAAUGGAUGGUGUUCGCGGCAUUGAGGGCUGGAGGUGGAUAUUCCUCCUUGAAGGUGCAGUGACUAUUGCUGCAGGGUUUGGACACUCUUGUCGACUGGAAGAUAGGACUUGGCAUCCUUCUUGCUUGGGCUAA